AUGUAAAAUAAUUAAAUCAUAUACUCUUAGACAUAAGAAAAAAGAUCAUUUUUUAAUCGUUUAUGUUCUUGUUUUGAAUAUUUCAAAAAAGAUCCUAAACAGAUAAAUUAAUAUCAUCCAGAAAUAGAUACUCCAAAAUCUUCAUUUAUUGUAUGAAAAUAUAGCAAUAUAUAGGGUUAAAGAAAAAUAAUAGUUUUAGAUUUAGAUGAAACAUUGGUGCAUAGUUAAUUUUAGCAUUUUGAUAAUCAUGACUUGACACUUGACGUAUUUGUUAAGUUAGAAUUUAGAUUGUUGUAUAAUAACAAAAUUUCAAGGUUUAUGUAAUUAUUCGUCCAGGAGUAAAGAAAUUCAUAGAUUAGCUUAAUAAUUUUUAUGAUAUAGUAUUUUGGACAGCUAGUUUAAAGGAAUAUGCUAUGCCAGUAAUGGAUUAUAUUGAUCCAGAUAGAAAAGCAGUAGAGAGAUUAUUCAGAGACAGUUGCACACCUUUGAAGAAUGGAUUAACAAAGGAUUUAACAAAGUUAGGUAGAGAUCUGAAAGAUGUAAUAAUUGUUGAUGUAAGAAUACAUUCUUUAAAUAAUUAGAAUUCAAUUUUCUCAUUUACAAUGAAUAAUGAAAAUGGUUUAAAGAUAAAGGAUUUUUUUUAUGACAAAUUUGAUAGGGAACUAGAAAAUAUCUUGCCUUUUUUGAUUUGGAUAUCAUAAGUAUGGUGAUGAACUACUAAAAAGUUGUCUGAUGUAAGACCAGUAUAAAUACAAUAUGGAGAGUUUUAGAGAAGAAAGAAAUAAGAGAGAAAGAACAAUGAAUAACAAAAUUUAUAUGGCAUAUCAAGAUCUGUAACAAUAGAGAGAAAGAAAAUGAAUCAUAACAGUUUAAUAAAGACUUUGACAGAGUAAGUUACAGAUGAUAAGAAGGUUAAUAAGGCUGAUACAGAUGAGAGUGAGAAGGAAACCUUUGAGAUAGGUAAUUGAUACUGAG